AACAACACUCGGAGCGGAGGCUCAAGCUAUUUGUUGCUGCGCCGCCACCGCCCGACCCAUGGUAUGUUCUUUUCUCGGGCUCUGUUAGCAGCAGCCGCCGCCGCCGCCGCCCUGUGAUUUCUGGCCUUAUCUCCUCCUUCUACUCUUGCUGAGCCACUUUUCCUCGUAGUGCUAUGACCGUCGUUUCUGUCCCACAGCGGGAGCCGCUUGUUCUGGGCGGCCGCCUUGCGCCCAUGGGUUUUUCCGCCCGCGGUUACCUCGGGGCCCUCCCGAUGGUUACCACCGCUCCGCCGCCUUUGCCCCGGAUCCCGGACCCACGGGGGCUGCCCCCCACUCUCUUCCUCCCUCACUUCUUAGGGGGAGAUGGUCCCUGUCUGACCCCUCAUCCUCGCGCCCCGGCACCUCUGCCCAACUGCAGCCUCGCCACGGCGGGGGCCACCCCUCGGGCAGCACCAAAGAAGCGGCGAAAGAAGAAGGUGCGGGCCAGCCCGUCGGGGCAGCUUCCCAGCCGCUUCCACCAGUACCAGCAGCACCGGCCGAGCCUGGAGGGCGGGAGGAGCCCCGCGACGGGCCACGGCGGAGCGCAGCAAGUCCCGGACCAGGCCCAGGCCGCUGCCUGGGCCCCGGCUCCUGCAACCGCAGCUCGAACUGAGGAAGCGAGCCCUUUCCCUGGCUCGCUGCCGCCCGCGGCGCCCGGCCAACCCUCGUUCAAUAGAGAGUACGCGGGCCUCUCACUGUUGUGGCCUCUCCCGUUGCGGAGCACAGGAUCCGGACGCGCAGGUUCAGCGGCCAUGGCUCAUGGGCCCAGCCGAUCCACGGCAUGUGGGAUCUUCCUGGACCGGGGCACGAACCCAUGUCCCCUGCAUCGGCAGGCGUACUCUCAACCACUGCGCCACCAGGGAAGCCCAAGUAUACACUUUUUAAUUUUUUGUGUCUUCCUCAGUAUAUAUUAUCUUUCUACUAAAAAGGUUAAAGUUAAGUCUGUCAUGAAAUGAAAACUGGAAGGUAUCUAAUAAACCCAAGUUAAAAUAACAAUACAUGACAAAUAGAGAAGAGCAUAUCCUUCUACAAAAGUUGAUUCUUUAUGUAUAUUAAAUAAAAUGAUUCUGGUGGCCUGUUUUUGAAAACUCUUUAAAAUGUUUUCCAUUUUAAAAUUAAGAAAAUUAAGUUUUCAAUCCCCUUGUAUUUUGUACUCACUCUUUAAGGCUAUCAGACCGCCUCCUAUUUCUUCCCCAUGAAGAACUCCUACUUCGAGUUCUCCUUUGGCUGGGGCUUCUUGAUCUCCUAUGAUCACUUGGAGAACAAGGGUGACGUUCUUUUGAUUUCAUUUGGCCUGGUGCUAGAAUAUGAAGUUCAAGAUUUAUAAUUAAUUACCUGAAAACCUCAAUAAAUAACCACUCAAUAAA